ACAAAAUGAACCUCGGAAAGUGGAGCCAGACAGACAGGAACAGGAAACAGGCCUACAACAGCCUCUCCGAUCAUCAGACCACAGGGGUGACGGAGUGGACAUCCUGGUUCAACAUCGACCAUCCCGGCGGCAACGGAGACUACGAGCGCUUGGAGGCCAUCCGCUACUACUACAGAGAGCGGGUGUGCUCCCGCCCAGUGGCCAUGGAGGCCCGCACCACCGACUGGGUCCCCGCUGCGGACACUGGAGAGGUGGUACAUUCCAGCCUCGACAAGGGCUUCUGGUGCAUCAAUAAAGAGCAGCCUCGUGGUCGCAGCUGCUCGAACUACCAUGUGCGCUUCCAGUGUCCACCAGAAGCCCGGUGGGGCCCCUGGGGUGCCUGGGGCAGCUGCUCCGUCACCUGCGGUGGAGGUCGACGCGCCCGACGGAGGAACUGCAUCAGAACCUCAGACACGGUCCGGUGCGAGGGACGUCCGGUCGAGUUUCAGAAGUGCGGGAAGAAACCGUGCCCAAUGGCAUGCCAACGCGUUUGUGAGGAGGGUCGGCCAAGUGAUGACUGCAGCCGCUGUGUGUGUGAGGGCCAUCUGCUCCAUGGAGAGGUCCUGUCUGCGACAGGGGUACCACUGGCAGGGGCCCGGGUGGCCCUGGUGAGCCAGCCAAACCUCGUCCGUGCUCGCACCAACAGCAAGGGCCUCUUCAAAAUGCCUGGGGUGUGUUCCGGCUCCAAGACGCUCCUCGUCAUCAACAAGGAGAAAUUCGCGCCCCUCACCGUCGCCACUUUUAACAACGGCAGUAAGACCUCUUGGGUCCACGCCAUCUUGAAAUCUUCAGAAAAGCCGUACAUUGUGAAACACCCCGAAGACAAGGUCAGAUAUGAGGGCCAACGUGCAAUCCUGUGCUGCAAAGCCACAGGGAGCCCCAAACCAGAGAAAUAUCAAUGGUAUCAUAACGGAUCACUGCUAGACUGGAAGGAGUACAAAUAUGAAGAGGAUCUGGUCCUCCGAGACUUGAGAGUGGAGCAGUCGGGCCAGUAUUACUGCAAAGCCACCAGUCAGACAGGCAGCAUCAAGUCCUCUCAAGCUUUCCUCACCGUUAUGGGUAAAGGCACACCAGCAUGCAAGGCCACACCUGAUGGCCACAUGGUCAAGCUGCCCUUCGACUGUGUCCAGCCUGAUACCAACUCCAAGUUCUAUGAUGCUGGCCGUUGUCCAUACAAUAAAUGCGUGGGCAAUCUGGACUACGACAUGCGCUGCAGUGAUGCAGGUGGAUUCUGCUGUAGCGUGAAGACCAUGGAGACCCGGCAGAUCAACUGCGGCCGCUACACGCUACCCAUCAAAAUCGUGACCGAGUGCGCCUGUCAGAGCUGUGUGGAGCCCAAGGUGCUCGUGCGUGGGAGAGUGGUGGCGGCAGACGACAACGAACCCCUGCGCUUUGGACACAUCCUCAUGGGGAAAGAGAGGGUGGGAACCACCGGGUUCCAGGGUGGCUUCACCCUUCAGGUGUCCCCAGGUGUACAGAGGCUGGUCGUGAACUUCGUCGACCCCACGGAGAAGUUCAUAGACACAGUCAAGGUGUUCAUCUUCGACAAAAAAGGUGGAUCUGUCUACCACGAUGUCAAGGUGAUGCGUAAAGUGGAACCCAUUGACAUAAACGCAGGUGAGACGAACACCAUUUACCUGGGAGAAAUGAAAGGAGAGGACCCUAUAGGCCAGAUAGUCAUCCCACCCAACUCCUUCCACAAAAACACAGGCGAGGUAUACGAAGGCACAGUGAAAGCCAGCGUGACAUUCAUAGAUCCGAGGAACAUCACCACAGCAGCGGCAGCCCCUGGUGACCUCAACUUUGUGGACGACGAAGGAGACACCCUGCCGUUGAGAACGUACGGGAUGUUUUCUGUCGACUUCAGAGACGAGGCGAACCAGGAGGUCCUCGGGGCUGGGGCAGUGCAGGUGCUACUGGACACGCAGCACGUCAAAAUGCAAGAGCACAUUCCCACUAUGAAACUGUGGUCACUCAAUCCAGAUACGGGCAUUUGGGAGGAAGAGAGCAACUUCCACUAUGAGAAAGCGGCAGGAAAUGGGAGGAGUAAGCGGGAGGAGCGAACCUUCCUGAUUGGGAACAUGGAGAUACGCGAGCGGCGUUUAUUCAACCUGGACGUGCCGGAGAAUCGCCGUUGCUUUGUGAAAGUGCGGGCGUACAUGAGUGACAAGUUUCUCCCACAUGAGCAACUGAAAGGUGUAGUCAUCAGCCUUAUAAACCUUGAGCCUAAGCCUGGCUUCUCGUCGAACCCAAGGGCAUGGGGCCGCUUUGACAGUGUGAUAACUGGGCAGAACGGUGCUUGCUUGCCAGCCUUCUGUGAUGCUAUCACGCCUGAUGCCUACACAGCGUACGUCACUGCCAUCAUGGGAGGAGAGGAGCUAGAGGCAGCCCCAUCAACACCCAAAAUGAAUCCAAAUAUCAUUGGGGUGUCACAGCCAUAUUUAGAUAAAUUAGACUAUCAGCGGUCAGACCAUACAGAUCCAGCUCUUAAAAAAACUGCGUUCAGGAUAAACUUGGCCAAACCAGACCCAAAUAAUGUGGAUGAGACCAACGGUCCAAUAUAUCCCUACCAGAGCAUGAUAGCAUGUGAAAAUGCCCCUGUUGAUGCCAACCACUUCCGCUUUUUCCGUGUGGAGAAGGACAAAUAUGAGUACAACGUGGUGCCAUUUGAGGAGAAUGACCUGACUACGUGGACAGGUGACUAUAUGUCCUGGUGGCCAAACCCUCAAGAGUUCAGAGCAUGCUUCAUUAAGGUCAAGAUCCACGGCGCUACUGAGGUGAUGGUGAGGUCGAAAAACAUGGGAGGUACGCACCCACAGACCACAGGCCAACUGUACGGCAUAAGGGACAUCCGUAGCACUCGCGACAUGUCCAGCGCCAACACAUCAGCCGCAUGUCUGGAGUUUAAGUGCAGUGGGAUGCUAUUCGAUCAAGCCACCGUUGACAGGUCCCUCAUAUCUGUGCUCCCACAGGCUAACUGCCGACGCACAAACGUCAACAAUCUCUUGCAAGAGUAUCUCAUCAAGCACCCUCCUGCAGCGCAGAGCAACGAAUCACAUGCCUUUAGCAUGCUAGCUCCUGUUGACCCGCUGGGACACAACUAUGGCAUCUACACGGUGACUGACCAGAAUCCACGCGUCGCAAAGGAGAUCGCCAUCGGACGGUGUUUCGAUGGAACCUCAGAUGGCUUCUCCAGAGAGAUGAAGGCAGACACCGGGGUCGCGCUGACAUUCAGUUGUCCAAAGAGGACUGUGACCCGAGAAGGCCUUUUCCAGCGGCUUCAGACCAACCCGGGUCAGACCCUGUCUCAAAUGGCCCGUGACAUGAGAGAAUCAGAGGGGCUGCAGGUCAGAAGAGGGAGCACCCAGGUGGUGGCCUACCCCUCAGAUCAGCAAGGAAGGCCCCAGAGCCGUAGGACAAGCAACAGGAGAAGAUCUGUGGUACGAACCCGUUCAAGGCAGUAGAUCUGUGCUUGGGUUUUGGAGUAACUGGUGCCAAUGUAUUCAUGAACGCAAAGAUGGAAAUUCAGUCAUGUUCUUUCAGCCUUGUGAUUCUGGAUAUGAUCCUGGAUAAUUUCAUCUGUACUGUAAAUGCUGAAACUGAUACUGCAACAACAGGCCAAAAUAUACAAAGACAUUCCCUCAAAUACACCCUGAAUGGAUCCAAUCCUUCAGAGCUUCCAAAAAGUCACACCAAGAAUUAUAAUGAAUUUGCUGGGUUAUCGUGGUUAAAACCAAAUCAGGUAGUAAAUGUAUUUAUUAUUUUUUUUGUAUCAUUGCAUCAAAGACAGAUGGGUCUGCAAAGUAGACUCAGUUAAAGAUAAGUCACUAUGUUGGACUAUCAGGUUAGCUAGUUAAUCAUAGCCACACGAAGAACUGAAAAGAACACAAAUGCUUGCGCAAAAAAAGUGUGUUGCUUUGUCCAUAACCUCUCUAAAUUACCAUGCCAUUAUGCCAGUUGUGAUAAAGCCAGCAGCGACGCACCAAAAAGGACUUCCAUAGAGGCUGUGCCAAGACAAGCAUCUAUGACCAAAUGGACUUCAUCUGUAGACUAAACAGAAACUGCGGUAGAGGACUUAAGUAAAAGAGGAGAUUGUAAAGGAUGACACAAUGUUCUCCAUUCACCGAUCUCCUAUUAUACAACUGGCCGACUUCCUUUAAGACAAAUCUCCAAUGCUUAUGGCUGAGAUGUGAAAGUAGUCCACAGAAGCAAGGAAUUUUAUUUUUUACAUUUUUAUAUCAUGAGUAUGUGAGUGUAAUACCCAGGUGAAAUGGAUUGCAUACUAUUAUAGGAUGUCAUUAUUUCUCUUGAAGUGCAAUACAUGUUCUAAUGCUGACUUGAGAACCCUUUCAGAAAUAUCCUACUCAAUGAGCCAGGCAAAUUUGGCUUUGGUGUACAAUAUUUGUAGGGAUAUUUAGCACUAUCAUAUUACUGGAAUGAAAACGAUAAUUUAUGACAAAAAAAUGGUCACCAUUGCUGCAAAUUACGAAACUUGUCAUACUUCUGUACAGUGCACAUUUCUAAUUUAAAUCUAUCCUCGUGGAAUGGAUCAUAGAAUCAUGAAGAUCAUGAAUCCUCAUUGUAUAUUCAUCUGUGUGUUGGUUUUUAUGAUGUUUUUCAAAAAGAAAAACAGGUUUGGUUCCAGUAAUGAGGCUUAAAUUAAAAUCAUGGACAUGC